CGGCAGUGAAGUGUUUUGCAGUGUUUUGUGUGACCGAGCUGGCGGGCCUCCUAAACGAUAAACAUUAGAAUAUUUGUUUCUGAAUUGCUUCCUCAAUGGACGGUCAUAUCAACAUUGAUCAUCAUCAUCAACCGACAACAACGGCACACGAUACAGCCGAUGGGCGCGGGGCUCGGAAACGCUGGCAAAAGAUGCCAACAGACACCAGCAGCUCCCCACAUCCGUCCUAUGGGACUACUGAUUCCAUCCCACAAGUGACAAUACGCGAUACCAGCAGCCGUGGGAGGUCCGGACCAUCCAGAGGAUCGGCGAACAAUUCCUCGAGACCACGACAACCACAACAGGAGCAAGAGCAGGCGUUAAACGACGAAGAAGGACUGAAAUAUGGUGCGCAACAUGUGAUAAAACUGUUCGUUCCAGUUACCCUAUGCAUGAUGGUGGUUGUAGCUACGAUUAAUUCGAUAAACUUUUAUACCAUCAAGGACGUUUAUCUCGUCUACACACCGUUCCACGAACUGACGGACGACACGGGCACUAAAAUAUGGAACGCGUUAGCGAACUCGCUCAUCCUGAUGACGGUGAUUGUAAUUAUGACAAUACUGCUCAUCGUCCUUUACAAGCACCGUUGCUAUAAGGUUAUCCACGGUUGGCUGAUUCUGUCGUCGCUGCUGCUGCUGUUUCUGUUCAGCGGCUUGUACCUCUUUGAAAUUUUGCGCGCGUACAACAUUCCCAUGGACUGGUUCACGGCUGGGCUGCUCGUUUGGAAUUUUGGAGUAGUCGGCAUGAUCUCAAUCCACUGGCAAGGUCCGCUGCGGCUACAGCAGGGCUACCUGAUUUUUGUGGCGGCCCUGAUGGCACUGGUGUUUAUCAAGUAUCUUCCAGAAUGGACUACGUGGGCUGUUCUAGCUGUGAUAUCAAUUUGGGAUCUUAUUGCAGUUCUCACCCCGAAAGGGCCGUUGCGAAUUUUGGUAGAAACGGCUCAGGAGCGCAAUGAGCAAAUUUUUCCUGCUUUGAUCUACUCAUCGACGAUAAUGUACUCCUAUCUAGGAACGCAUACGGAUUCCGAUCGCCCUGCUCCAUUGUCGGGUGAACGGGCGAUAGGAACGGGUGGUGGCUCCGGAAGCCGAACAGCCAGCGGGUACGGAGCGGUCAACAGCCACGGACCCACGCAAACCGGUGCGACCGUAGAAGGUAUGCCACUGGUUGCCUUUCGCAAUGAUAGAUCGCAUGAGUUACCAAUGGAACAAUCAGCAGGCUUCACGCAGGAUUGGGCUGCAACGUCGAACCAUAGAGUGACUCGACGACAAAUCGAGGUUCAAGCAAAUAUUGCGAACAAUCCGUCCAGACCGGAAUACCGAACGGUCACUGCCGAAACCAGUCGCUCCGGUGUAGAGCAAUCGCAGCAACAAUUUGAUCAAGCGGAAGAAAGAGGCAUAAAACUUGGGUUAGGUGAUUUUAUCUUUUACUCUGUAUUGGUGGGAAAGGCAUCGAGCUAUGGUGAUUGGAACACGACCAUAGCGUGUUUUGUGGCAAUUUUGGUGGGACUCUGUCUCACGUUGCUGCUGUUGGCCAUUUUCCGCAAGGCACUCCCGGCCCUACCGAUCUCCAUAUUCUUUGGACUCAUUUUCUGCUUCGUCACAAGCGUAAUCGUAAAACCGUUUACGGAAGCGCUGGCACUAGAGCAGGUGUUUAUUUAGUUAAUCCGGAGCGGACAGUUUGAGCGGGUGGGAUAGGUCAAUCAAUUGCUUACGCCGAUGUCACAUGUUGUGUCGUAUCGGGAGCUGUUUUCUAGCAUAUCUAGGCUCGUUUAUUUAUAUCAUCAUAUUUUAAUGUGUACUAAUUGGAGAAGCUGUUGCAUCUAAUCAAGCUUUCCGGUGUAUUAAAAGCAGAGUGGGAAACAGUUCACAAUAAGGCUUGAUUGGAGGAGCUUAAAAUGAGACUAGUGCGUGGCUUCAAAUUUUAUCAUCGUGCAACGUAAUUUAUGCAUCUCAUACAUAAGUGUUUGAUUGAUAGAUAAAUGUAUGCUACCUGAAUAUGUGGACAAAUUUUGUUCUAUUUCUGCACGCAUUAUUCUUCGAACGCUUUGGCACUCCUUAAACGGCUCGGUAUAUGUACUAACGCUGUCGUGCAAAUAACCAGGAAAAUGCUUAUAAAAGAGCGAAAGAUAUUUCUUUUGAAGGGCGCUUUAAAUGACAUGACUGCGUUAAAAAAUGUAUGAUUGUAACGGGAUGUAACCUUUUCUUUUUUCCUUUACGUAAUUUACAACUGUAAUCCGGACGAAUAGGCUGGGUAAUAAAAAGACGUAUAAGCGAUUCAUUUUGUCG